AUGUCGUUGGUAUCCUUUCAGUGGCUAUUGUCGGCGAUAGCUGCAUUUGGUUUGGUGGUUCGCGAUUUCGUUGACAGCAGAAUGUGGGAGAGUAAUGAGCUGUUUUUGACAUGCUCGUUGGUCAUUAUACAUCCAAUCGUUUUCAAUGUGAUAUUCGUAAACGCUGUUGUUGGAUUCCUCGGCUUUGCGGUGGUAAGUGAACAUUGCUAG